UGGUCGGAGCGGGCGGCUCCGCGCUCAGCCAAUGAGAAGGAGCCGCCGCCGUACCGGAAGUGACGCUGCCGUACCGGGCUCGGUACCGGGCCCCGCCAUGGAGGCCUGGGUGCGCUUCAGCGCCCAGAGCCAGGCCCGGGAGCGCCUCCUCAGGGCCGCCCAGUACGCCUGUGUCCUGGCCGGGGCCGCGCUGAGCCGCUCCGGGGGCAGCUCCGGGACCCUGAGCCGCCUGCAGCACCUGGAGGCUCACCUGAGCCUGGGCCGCAAGCUGCUGCGUUUGGGGGGCUCGGCUGAGGCUCUGGGGGGUGCCCAGCGCUCGCUGCACCUCCCCGACCCCGUGCUGCGCUUCUGCCUCACCCUGUCCCACCUGAACCGGGCGCUGUUCCUGGCCUGUGACAACGUGCUGUGGGCAGGCAGGAGCGGCGUCCUGCCCGGCCUCGCCACCGACAAGUGGAGCCAGAGGGCCUUCAGGUAUUACCUCUUCGCUCUGCUGGUGAACCUCAGCAGGGACGCCUACGAGGUGCGGCUGCUGCUGGAGGCGGCCCGGAGGCGCGGCCGGAGCCCGGAGAGCAGCGCCGGGCCGCGGGCCGAGGGCAGGGUGCAGCGCCUGCGGCUCCAGCUGCAGCUCCAGCUGCGGCUCCUGCUGCAGGUGCUGAGGGACAACCCGCCGCUGCUGCUGGACCUGCUGAGGAACGCCUGCGACCUGGUGAUCCCUCUGGAGAGGCUGGGGCUGUGCCGGAGCAGCCCCGCGGUCGUGGGGUUCUGCGGGCUCAGCUCCUCCGUGCUCUCCAUCCUCACCAUCCUGCACCCCUGGCUCAAGCUGAAGCCGUAGUUAUCCUUGGGAAUUUUGGGAAUUUUGGAGGUUCAUCCCAAAACUGUUGUUGUGACGGCUCUGGAAGGGACUGGUCGGUGCCAUCCCCAUCGUUCCCGACUCCUUGGAGCCACGGUGUUCCCAGCAUUGGAUCCCACAGGGACAUCAGCUCCCAAAAUGUGGGGUUUUUUUUCCCAUUGACUUUUCCAGGAAUUUUAGGGGCUCAGUGUUCCCCCUUUUUGGGAAGAGGCUUUCACAUAGAACCGGCUAACAGGGACUAUUUGGGGCUGGAAAAUGU